UUGUAAGUUGUGGAUCAAGACAUCUGCGCCACUUUCUCCGUCGUCAUAAAAAUAUCACUUUCGCCAAUCUACCCUGUCGGCCUACGACCACGACUCAACAGCUAGCCGCGACGACAGAAGGCAAGGAGAAGACUGCCAGUCUCUAAACGAAAAGAAGAAAAUAAAAUAACCACGACCAAAACUUGUUGGGAUGAGUGCUUCGGAGCAGCCUCGGGCGGCUGCCGAAGAUAUGUCGACUCCCUUGUCUCUCAGCGCCCUGAUCAGCAUCAUCGUCGGCGGCACGUUCAUCGUGUGUGCCAUUCUCGCGACGCUGGGACUCUAUCUCUCGCGCCGGCGGGCCGCUCGGCACAACCUAGUCCUGAGCGGGGAGAUUCCCGUCAUUUCCUACGACGUCGAGAACAGCUCGACUAGCGAGGCGCGCGCUAGCCCGAGGAAACUGUGGAAGCUGGGCGGCGGGAGGGGUCCGCCGUCGGUCAAGGACGCCGACGACAGCUGCUCUCUUGUCCGCCGGCUAUCGCGCUCAACCCUUCCGCGCGUGUUCAAAAAGGGGCAUCGCCGGAGCAGAAGCGAGCCGUCGUGGGGGUGGCCGGCGUCGCUGUCCCGCUCCUCGUCUAAGAGGACUGUAGCGUGGGUCGACGAGGACGCGCUGCACGGGCCGGAUACCGGCAGCCGCCGCGAGCCUCAAGAGGGGGAAGCUCGCGACUCAUGGCAGCUGGGGAACCGCACGCCGACGUUGCCGAAGCUGCCGCACUACACGUUCUACCGGUACGCGCAGACGGAGCAGUCGCCGGUAAACAACAGGCUGACUAUUCGCGUCAUCGACUACGCGCACCAGGAAGAGCUGCUCGCCUACUCGAGAACGCUGCCCGAGCCCCCCAGACUGACGCUUGUGACGAACAACGACGGCUGGUUUGCUAGCCCCGGAGCCAGCAGCAGCAGCAGCAGGAGCAGUCUCGCCCAAAGCCCGGCCCGGUCGCUGCCACGGACCCCUUCGAGGCCUAGAGUCAGGCAGCCGUCGACGGAUUCCACCUUGACCGAGAUACUGAGGUCAACAGAGAAGCGGCUGCAAGAGGGAGGCGCUGCCGGCAGCAGAGCGACUUCAAAGAAAACUACCUGCGACAGAGGGACCAGAUCGCCGAGAAAGGUGUCGGCGAUGGGCAGCAGGGAAUCACUCCUUGGCUACGGUAGCGGAGCCGGCAGUGACGAAGUCCCUGCCGCGCGCCGCUCCAUGUCUCGGUCCAGGACGCCCAGCCCGAGAAAAUGCCCGGCAAGCCAGCCAUUGACGGCCUCUCUUGUUCAGCAGCACAAGAGGCAGGACUCGCAGGUGUCCGCCAUGUCCGAAGCAGACAGCCUGCUACGAGAGCCGGUCCGGCAGACAGACUCGCCUUCGAGGCUGACCAGCCCCAGCCGGAACCCCAGAAGCCAAGAGCCGGAGGCCCAAGUGGCACAGAACCAGUCCGCGCGCAGCUCACUAUCGCUCUCCACCGUCUACAGCGAGGACGAAGUGCUCGAAGUCAUGCGAGCCGCCCCCAGCCCCUCGGAGUGCGGAACUCUUGCUCCCCCGGUCGAGGCGCCGCUCAACUCCGCCACGACAUCGUCGACGUCGCGGCCAAACUCCAGCUGCGACUGGCCCGGGCGGCCGCAACACAAGCCGCAAGACCUGUUCCGAGAGAGCCUCGAGCGGUCGCAGCGUCUCCGCGGGGCGUCCAUAGGACAACCGCCAGCGUCCUUGCCACCGCCCAUUAGACUUCCGCCCUGUCCGUCGUCAGGUAAUGGUCGUGCGCUUGCGCGAGCUGCCGGCUCCAAUCCCGCCAGCCAACGGGGCAGAGUCAGCAAAACCGUCCCCGUGUCGAGAGCUAGCAAGCCGCUAGGGACUGUCAAGCAGAAACCUGCUUCAGUGACGGCAAAGUCUGCGCCUACACUCAGCAAGUAUCUGAGCCCGACGGCGAUGGCACCGCGCACGAACCCUAGCCCUGUGUUUGCCAGAGAGUCCAAUGGUGUCACAAACGCGCAAGCGGAGGAGAAGAACAAGAAGUUUAGCACGCCUCUUGGUAACGGUGCUGCUUCUGCGACAGAAGAACAGACGACAAAUAAAGGAGAGAUCUUGAUAUCGCCAGCGCAAUCCGCGCCAGGGGCACAAGAAGGGCCGCAGAGCAACUCAAGCCUAUCUUCUCGCACCCCAACGGCGCAGGACCACCAGCAGCAGCAGCAGCGGAUGAGCAGCAACACGUCGUUCGUCUACUCACAAGAUUCCAGCAGCGACCGCCUCGGCGCCGGAACUGUAUCAUCCGCGAGCGGCUUCAACCGGGCCAGCUUCCUAGCCAAUUCCUCGCUGCGGGCAACAUCGCCUUCCUCUCCGUCAACGGCGCGGCCCGCCUCAUCAUCAUACCCGCCGCGCGUCGACCUCGGCCGCAUCACCAAAACAAACCUGGCCCCCUCCUUACCGGACAGGGUUCCCAGCCUCCUAGAGGAGAAGGAUGAAAAGGAGGACAACGACGACGACGAUGACACGGCGGCCAACGGCGGAGGAGGAGGAGGAGGAAGAGGAGGAGGAAGAGGAGGCGGCCCCCGGCUCAGCGCCAGCGGUCUAAGCCUCGGCGCGGGCCUCGCAGCCACGGUGGCCGAGCUGCGGCGCAUGAACAGCGGGAUCAGCACGGCGUCGGUUGGAAGUAGUAGCAGCCUGACCGGCGGCGGCGUGGGUGCCAGGAUGAGCGGCUCGCACCACUACCUCUCGCUGGGGAGUUCGUCAUUGUCGCCGAAGCGGCGGCGGCAGCAGAUCAUGAGCAGCACUACCACUUCCCAAAAAAGAAGAGACGGCGGCGAAGAGAUCUGCCGCCGCCUGCGCACAAUGGUCGUGGUCGGCAGCACGGCCGCGGGGUCGCCGCAGCGGCGGCGGAUCGUCAUGGGGGAACGGGGGAACGGGGCAGCAACAUCCGCGAUAGCAAAGCGCGCCAGCUUCCCGCGGCUCGGCCCCGGCAUUGGCCUGGGACUUUAUAUCCCACGGGACGAAGAAGAGAGCGGAGGAGAAGAAGAAGAUCACGGAACGGGCAGCCCAGCGACAACACAAAACCAGGGCAAGACAAAACAGCGAGCCACAGUCGAUUUCCUCUUCGAGAGGCAGAUGCCCACGGCCGCCGAGUUCACCUUCUCUGCAGCAGCAGCCAGCGGGAGCGGGAGCGGCCAACGCGGCGACAGCGAGAGAAAGAAAAACAACAACACACUGCUAACCGCUCUGCCAACCUUCCAGUUCCCCUGUCCCAGCUCCGCCAAGGCCACAUCCACACCCACGCCCAGACACCACCACCCAAGGAACAGGACGGCUGGCAGCGGUGGCGGUGGCGGUGGCGGUGGUGGUUCGCCGAGGAGACGACUCGAAAACCCGUGGUCAUCGCCGACCACGUGCCGGAACUUGGACCACCGCCGUAGUGAUGAUAGUCUGGGCUUGUAUGAUAAGGACGGGUUCCUCAUCUGCUCGCCUGCGCGGCAGGGAGGGGCGAGUCCCGGGCUGAUGGUUUGAUAUUUGACAUGCAUGUUUUGGUGUUGUCUGGUUGUUUGUCGGGGUUGUUGGAAAUCUUAGUUCUCAUCUCUAUCUACGUGUAUUGUACAAGGUGCCCUACAUACUGUACUUCCUGCCCCUGCUGUAUGGGAUUGAUUGCCGUCACGGCUAGCCAGUGUAUACUUGGGUAUUUACUUGGUUGGCUUUGGACUCGGUUCAGGGGCGAACCUCCCCGGUGUAAGAUUUGCCGCAAUACGGAGUAGAGAUGUAAUAUAGGUAUGGCUUAUACCGUCGAGGGUGCCGUGACUUUUUGA